AUGGAGGAACUGCCGAUGUCUCCGGCGGGCCACGACCCCCAGGGUCAGGUUAAGCAGCAGCAAGCCGCCGGCGUUGGUAUAUUGCUUCAGAUUAUGAUGCUCGUCCUUUCCUUCGUUCUCGGCCAUGUCCUCCGCCGUCACCGGUUCCACUAUCUUCCUGAAGCCAGCGGUUCGCUUCUCAUUGGUUUCAGUCUUCAACCUAAACCAUUCUUUUCUAACUUUGGAGCCAUUGUUACCUUUGCCAUCAUCGGAACUCUUGUAGCUUCACUUGUCACUGGUGGCCUAGUUUAUCUUGGCGGCUCUAUGUAUCUCAUGUAUAAACUUCCAUUUGUUGAGUGUCUUAUGUUUGGUGCACUUAUAUCAGCUACGGACCCUGUCACUGUACUGUCUAUCUUCCAGGAACUGGGCACCGACGUCAACCUGUAUGCUUUGGUCUUUGGAGAAUCAGUUUUGAACGAUGCUGUGAGUGUUUCUUUACCUGCUGCCUGCGACACUCGGCUCUUCCUUUUAGAUGGCAAUAUCAUUGUACAGAACAAUGUCCUUAGUAAACAGCCAGGCCUCGUCUGGGGAACAUUUUCUCAUGGUGGUGAUCAGGGCACUAUUAGUGAAACAAUCAAUGAAAGACUAGAACACCUCUUUAAGUAUGCAGGAUUGGAUACGGAGCAUCUUCAGAACUUGGAGUGUUGUCUCUUUGUGCUUUUCCCGUAUUUUUCAUACAUGCUUGCGGAAGGUGUUGGUCUUUCCGGCAUUGUGUCUAUACUCUUCACAGGAAUUGUUAUGAAGCGCUACACUUUCUCAAACCUCUCAGAAGCGUCGCAGAGCUUUGUAUCUGCUUUUUUUCACUUGAUAUCCUCGCUGGCAGAAACUUUCACGUUCAUUUACAUGGGAUUUGAUAUUGCCAUGGAGCAGCAUAGCUGGUCCCAUGUUGGGUUUAUCCUUUUCUCUAUUGUAUCCUCGUUCACUGGUCCUUGGGCUGUCAAUGUAUUUGGGUGUGCAUAUUUGGUCAAUUUAGCUAGACAGGAGCACCAGAAGAUACCUAUGAAGCACCAAAAAGCCCUUUGGUAUAGUGGACUUCGAGGGGCAAUGGCGUUUGCGCUUGCACUUCAAUCGCUUCAUGACCUACCAGAGGGUCACGGUCAAAUCAUAUUUACUGCAACCACAACCAUUGUUGUUGUCACAGUUUUACUAAUAGGAGGUUCAACAGGUAAAAUGCUGGAGGCUUUGGAAGUUGUAGGUGAUGAUCUUGAUGACUCCAUGUCUGACGGCUUUGAGGAGAAUCCUCGGUACAUCCCUCCUCCUUUUAGCAUUGGAGCUUCAUCGGAUGAGGAUACGUCAUCAUCAGGAAGCAGGUUCAAGAUGAAGUUGAAAGAGUUUCACAAAAGCACUACGUCAUUCACCGCGUUGGACAAGAAUUUUCUGACACCGUUCUUCACAACUAACAGUGGAGAUGGAGAGGAAGAGUAG